AUGCCUCGGCUGUCCAAGAUCCUCCAAUCGGCCCUUGUCGCCGUCACCGCCGCCACUUCGACUGUGACGGCGGUGACCACAGAGGGCGGCUUUGCCAGCGGCCGCAACCGCCUCGCGCCGCCCGCCUCCGAUGCCGCGUCGGGUCGCUACAUCGUCGAGCUCGAGAAGUCGACGGGCCCCAACGCGCGCCAGGAGGACUCUUCCGCCGCCGACUCCCUCGUCGGGCAGAUCUCGUCCCUCGGCUACGAGGCCACGGUCAAGGAAGACUUCACCGCCAUCUCGGGCCGCUUCAGGGGCGUCUCGGUCGAGAUCGCCAACAGCAACAACGUCACCUCAAAUAACAGCGGCAACUCGUCUGGGGUCGUUGACGAGAUCAAGAGCAUCCCGGGCGUUGCCGACGCCUGGCCGGUGCAGCCCAUCGCGCUCGACGUCUCGUUCGAGGAGACGACGGACUCGCAGAGGUGGAACCCGCACAUCGCCACGCGCGUCAGCGAGCUGCACGACCGCGGCCUCACCGGCGCGGGCCAGCGCGUCUGCGUGGUCGACAGCGGCGUUGACGUCGACCACCCGGCGCUGCUCGGCAAGGUGGCCGGCGGCCGGAACCUUGUCGACGGAGACGGCUCUUCUUCUUCCUCGGCCGCCACCCUCACGGACUGCGCCGGCCACGGCACGUUCGUCUCCUCCGUCAUCGCCGCCGCGCAUAAGGACUUCGCCGGCGUGGCCCCCGACGCGGAGAUCUACAUGUACAAGGUGUUUGGGUGCAGCGACGCGACGUCCAACGACCUGGUGCUGAAGGGCAUGCUCGCCGCCGACUCGGACGACUGCGACAUCAUCUCCGUGUCCAUCGGCAGCAACACGGGCUACGCCGACUCCGUGCUGUCCCGCGUGGCGAGCGAGAUCGCGCAGGACAGGCUCAUCGUCAUCGCGGCGGGCAACUCGGGCGAGAUGGGGCCGUACUUUGCCAGUUCCCCGGCCGCCGGCCGCGGCGUCGUCUCCGUCGGCUCCGUCGAAGCGUCACAGACGAUGGGCUGGCCCGCGACUCUCGUCUCCUCGGGCGGACAUUCCCUCAACAUCUCGUACGUCACGUAUGACGGGGCGAAGUUCAACCAGACCGUCCACGUCCCCAUCGUCCUCGACGCCGGCGACUCGUGCAACAUCGCCGGCUCCGGCUCCGAGACCACGGCCGUCCUGGCAAAGCGCGGCGUCUGCGAUUCGUUCCAGUCCUUCAGGUCGAUUGCCAACGCCGGUUUCGGGUACGGAAUCCUCUUCGACUCCUACAACCAGGGCGCCUACUACUUCGACGACGUCGCCGCCUCGUCCGACACCCUCCAGCUCAUGGCCGUAACGACGGCGUCGGUGGGAGAAUGGGCGUCCGCCCAGGUCGCCAAGAACUACACUCUCCACCUCAAGAUCGAGAGCGACGCCCAGCCCGCCGCCUUCGCCGCCGAGGUGCCCAGCGCAGGACAGGUCUCGAGCUACACCUCAUGGGGCCCGACGUACGAGAACGGCUUCUCGCCCAUCGUCUCGGCCCCCGGCGGCAUCGUCUACGGCGCGUUCCCCGACGGCCGGUUCGCUAUCUCCUCGGGGACUUCAUUCGCCACGCCGUACAUCUCGGGCGUCGCCGCGCUGUGGUUCGCGCACGCGAAGAAGGACCGCGCCGAGUUCGUCAGGAGACUCACGUCCACCGCCCUCGCCCUCCCUGCUUUCGACAUCACGGACGGUAAAGUCGUCGGCGGCGGGUUAGCGGCGUCUCUCGCGCAGCAGGGCGCCGGUCUCGUUGAUGCGGCUAAGUUGUUCGACUACACCACCGUCCUCCUCUCGGAACCGACUCUCUCGUUGAACGACACCGACAACCGCGUGAGCACGCAUACGAUUCGCAUCCAGAACACCGGGUCGGAGGAGAUCACAUACAACAUCUCGCACGUCGCCGCCUCUACCAUCUCUUCCAGGAACAGCAUCUGGUACCCAAACACAUACUACCCGCCUCUGCUCUCGGCCGCUGGCUCCUUGUCUGAGGCCAAGACCGUCACCGUUGCUGCUGGUGCUACUUCGGACAUCGAGGUCACCUUAUCUGCUCCCGAUGUCACUGCCGAGAGCGGUGCUCUCUGGAGUGGCAAGAUCCUGCUCGCGGGCUCCAACGACGAGCUCCUGACGGUGCCUUACAUCGGCAUCGAGGCCUCGACCUACAACUGGACUCCCUUGCACCACAGCCCGGAAUCCUACCGCUACGACCAGACCGACGGAAGCCUGUACCCGAUCGACUACCAAGGUCUAGCUUACCGUCCCGCCGAAUUCGACUCGCCCGAGGUCUACUUCGCCUUCCGGUACGGCACGUACGAGUUCUCGGUCGACCUCGUCGGCGUCGACUGGAAGACGGAGCAGUUCUCCUACCCGCCGCAACACUCUUCCGGCCCCCGGGCAUGGUACGGGUCCGUUCGGUUCCAGGGAUACGAGGGCGGCGGCUACAUGGACUUCCCUAUGCGCGAGGUCGUCCGCUUCAACCUCGGCGCCUACACCACCUUUCGAUCCUUCGCCAACGGCACCGACAUCCCGUCGGGCCGCUACCGCAUCUUCACGCGCGCCCUCCGCAUCUUUGGCGACGCGGCGAACCCGGCCGACUGGCAGCUCUUCCUCUCGGACCCCUUUUCCAUCCAGCUGGGCGACGAUCCCAUCCCCGGACAGAAUACGACGUGGACUUCGAGUGUCCCGGCGUCAACAUCCGCGGCAACGACAACGAUGACGACUGCGGCUGCUCCUACGACCACCUCGGUCGCCACGACUACGGCCCCGAUCUCCGUCCCUGGCAGUACCACGACGCUCUCAGCAACUGCUACGCCCACCGGCCUCGCUGACGCCUUCACCUCUCUCAAGCUUCAACGCCUGCAGGAGGACGCGCCCUUCAUCAUCGACCCAGCCGCCUGGAUGGAGCUCCACGUCCAGAUCUCCCUCCCGUCCCCCGUCCCCGCCGACUCAGUCAUCUCCUUCGCCGUGCCCCCCGAGAUCACCGACAUCGCUCAGGACGUCCAGCUCUCCGCCUCGGGCGCCCAGGCCGGCCACGCCUCCUUCGACCCGGAGACCCGGCUAUACACCAUCGAGCUGGCCGAGUGGACGACCUGGCACAAGAACAUGGUCGGCAACUUCUUCGUCAUGUGCCGUUUCACGCCCGAGUUCGCGGCCUCGAUGAGGCAGGGCACGUACGUCGUGCAGUUCCCGACAGUCGGCAGGGUCCACGAGGCCAGCACCUACUAUACCGCCGUCGACCGCUCCGCCGUCUACGAGCGGCUGUCCAUCGCGCCCUUUGACGGGACGUCGCUGUACACUGCCGAGGUGGAGGUGCCCUCGUCCCUGGGGCCCUGGGACUUCGUCCGUCUCACCACCUCCCACGCGGCCAACUCGGACGGCUUCGUCUGCGCCAACUCGAGCGUGGUCGUCGGCACCGCGCUGGACGCCGAGAACCGCAUCACGGCAUCCACGGACGUGACGGCGUCCGCGACGGAGGUGUGCAACGUGAAGAACUUCCGGGCCGUGUACAACGAGACCCUGGCCGGCGACGAGGUCCUCCGCUUCACGGUGUCCAGCAUCCAGGGCGACCGGGACAUGUGGACGCUGAGCGUUGCGUACCUGCUCGACGUCCAGCUCUCGAACGGGACCAUGGUGCUGUACGACCAGCGGACGCUGGCCUUUGAGAAGAACCCGCGCCUGAGGACCUGGGGGUUCAACGCGUUCGAGGGGGAGAGGGCGUGA